UGGCUCCCCUCAGCCUCCGCAGAGGAAGACUCUGCGCAGGCGCAGGCGGGUGUCAGGACAGUCCCUCGCGUCCCGCCCCCUGCUCUGCUUGGGCGCUCACUGCAGAUUUGCAAAGGAGCCUCUUAAGACACAGAUGGUGUCUGGAUUAAAAUGGAGCACUCAGCUGUCCACCUGUGGGUGAGAACAGAACCGUUUAUAGUGGGCACUUUGCCCCUGCCUCCUCCAGCCAAAUUCAGCCUUCACUAUCUUAGAAAGAUAUCCACUUAUGUUCGAACCCGAGCCAGAGAGGGAGGUUUCCCACGCCUCUUCUGGCCCACGUGGAGGCACAUCGCCUGUGGGAAGCUACAGUUGGCCAGGGACAUUGCUUGGCUUUACUUUGAAAUCUUUGAUAGUCUGGUGCCGAGGACCCCAGAGGAGCAUCUGGAGUGGGCCGAAUUGGUAUCCAGCUGCACGUGUGAGGAGGAUGUGGAGAAGCAGAGGAGUAAGCUCUCAGUGGACACCCUCCAGUUCCUGCUAUUUUUGUAUAUACAGCAGUUAAAUAAAGUUUCCUUAAGAACGUCUUUGAUUGGAGAAGAGUGGCCAAGUCCUAGAAACAGGUCUGCGUCCCCUGACUUGACGGGGAAAUCCAUCUGUCAUAAUAAGACCUGGAAUGAUUGCAGCCACCAGGCCUUUGUCUAUAAUCACCUGUCCAACCUCCUGGAGCUCCUUUUGGACCCAGAGCAGCUCACCGAUGCCUCCCACUCCACCCACAAAAGCCUGGUCUCUCCCGAAGCUGUGCAGGCUCUCAGCUUUCUCAUUGAAGGCACAGUCAGCAAAGCCAGAAAGGUCUAUCCGCUCCACGAGCUUGCACUGUGGCAGCCCCUGCAUUCAGAAAGCGGCUUCUCCAAGACUUCCAAAACCUUCUCUUUCUCCAAGCUGGAAGCCUGGCUUAAGUGCUGUUUGACCACAAACCCGUUUGGCACAUCUGCCUGCCUCAAGACUGGGAAGAAGUUGGCUUGGGCCCAGCAAGUUGAAGGAACUACCAAGAGAGCCAAGAUUGCGUGUAACACACACGUGGCCCCCAAGAUACACCGCAUUGUGGUAAUGACCCAGGUGUACAAGCAGACAUUGGCCAAGAGCUCAGAGACCUUAGUCGGGGCCCACGUGAAGAUUCACCGUUGCAAUGAAUCUUUUAUAUACCUUCUGUCCCCCUUACGAUCUGUGACCGUGGAGAAGUGCAGGAGCAGCACUUUGGUCCUGGGGCCUGUGCAAACCACUCUUCACCUCCACAGCUGUGACAACGUGAAGGUCAUCGCUGUUUGCCAUCGUCUGUCCAUCUCUUCCACCACGGGCUGCACCUUUCACGUCUUGACACCCACACGCCCUCUUCUCCUGUCUGGUAAUCAGAUGGUAACAUUCGGACCUUUCCAUACUCAUUACCCAAUGCUUGAAGACCACAUGGCUAAGACCGGACUUGCCACCGUGCCCAACUACUGGGACAAGCCGAUGGUUGUGUGCAGGGAGCAUGACGAUGCCAGGAUCUUCCGACUCUUGUCCCCCUGUGAGUUCUAUGUGUUUGUGAUUCCGUUUGAGAUGGAAGGGGACACAACAGAGAUUCCCGGGGGUCUCCCACCAGCCUAUCAGAAGGCACUGAGCCAACGAGAACAGAAGAUACACAUCUGGCAGAAGACGGUGAAGGAGGCAGGUUUGACAAAGGAUCAAAGGAAGCAAUUCCAGGUGCUGGUUGAGAACAAGUUUUAUGAAUGGUUGAUUAACACAGGACAAAGCCAGCAGCUGGACAGUCUGGUGCCUCCUGCAGCAGGUUCCAAACAGGCCGCGGGAUGAGACAUCCCACAAAGCCGUGGUAUCAAGAGAGGAAUAUCUGAUGGGAACAGACAAGGCAGCACGGGAGAUUGGAGGAACCCAGCAGGAAAAGGAAUUGCACGUGAGCCCCAUCUCUUUCUCCACAAAAUAGAUGAACAUGUAUUGUGAAUUUUAACACAGAAAACCAAUUUUAAUGAUUCUGGUGUGUUCCCGUCCUUUCUGAGGAAAUAUGAGCCAAGUGGCUGAUAUUAAAAUGUUGAUCUGUUCUGUUCCAAGCGGGGUACAGGGGACAGGACAACACAUUGAAGAAUUCUAGCAUUUCAAGGCUAAGUUAAGAAAUGAGCUGUCGGGGCAGCCAUUGGCACUGGAAUCCAUUGGGUUUUAUUGUCCUAGGGGAGACUUUUGCUUGAUUUAGUCUCUUACUCUCUUCUUACAGUAUAAGAGGAAUUGGAAACAAACUGGCCAUAUACAUGAGGGUCUCACAAACCAAAGAAUGCCAGUUUUUAUCAUUUUGAAGAUGGCAAAGUGGUGACAACAGUCCCAUGUUAUUUUUGUAGUAAAGUGUCGGGCUAUAGGGUUACAAAUGAACAGCCUUCAUUUGGAGGCAAAGCGGUUCUGCCCCUUGUAGAGCUAAUGAAAGAUAUUUUUUAUUUGUUUACCGCAGUUUGGUAUGUCUUUAAAACUUUUUUGAUGGAAAUAUGCAUAUAUAUGUAUAUAUAUGUUAUUAUUUCUUGGUGUAUAAAAGUUAGAAGAAAUAUUUUUAUAUGGGGAUUGUUCUAAUCUAGCCUUUAAUCUGUGAAACAAUGAAAUUUUUAAAAAAUAAUGUUCAUUUCUUAUUCUCUGUUGAAAAUUGUAAUUAAUUGUAAAAAGUAUUUUUGCUUUCUC